GACAACGCAAGUGUCCAGCAGCAGUAACAGUAGAACUCUCUCAAAUUCUUCCUUUGGCGGGGAAAGCUUUUCCAAGUUCUAGAACUGAUUUCCUCCGACGAUCAAGAACGUUAGUUUAAAUUGUUACGUUGACCGCAAGUGAGGUGCGAAAGUGUUUUAAGCAAAGUGAAGGCAUAUUUUGCCGUUAGACAAUCAAAGUGAAAUUUUCCCUAAAACUUUUCAUUGAACUGCAUUAAUUCUGUGACAUUAGAGCGAACACUAGCUAGUGAGUGACAAAAUGAAGAUAUUACUACUAUUUGUGGUGACGAGUCCGUGGCACAUUUUCGCAGUCACCGGUGCCCCGUUCAGCUCGUACGACAGCAUGGACGAGAUGUUGGUCCCCGAGUCGAAGGUGAUCGAUUUCGACAAUCUGACCGAGAGCGAACGGGUCGAUCUGAUCCGUGAUCAGAUCAACAUAACGGCGGUCAAACUGCAGCAGCAGCUGCUGCGUGCGGCGGCCGCCCAGAAGAACAUGCAACGCGGCGGGGCACCGAUGGCCAUCAAGCAGAGUGCGACCGAGCCGAACAUUUCCAGCCACGUGCAGAACCGCAAGGUCAUCGAAGAGCACAUCAUUGGUAACAUCAAACACAACAUUGAAUCGAACUUGAUGCGAAAUGACACCUUCGGUCACAUGGGUGCAACCCACGAGAUGGCGUUUUCUGCCGUGUGUGACCUGCCGAAGCACACCAACCAGAGCUUCUGGGACGACGACUACACUUGGAAUCUUUUCUUUCGUCUUCCCCAUAGCAAGCCUUACACUUCGGUCAGUUCGGCGGUUUUAAGAUUGUAUAUGAAUGGCGGUAGCAAUUCAACGGAGGGAUGGAACCGUCGUGAAUCCGAUAACUGCAAGGAUCCGGCUGAGCAAAUGAUUCGUGUCACCGCGUCCGUGUACUGGCGCAAGAAGAGCAAAGACAAUUCGUCCACAGAGCGCAAGAAGCGAAUCUGCAGUAGCAUCACCAUCACCCGCAACUUCCGUGGAUGGAUCACAUUGGACACUCUGCUGGCGGUUAAACUGUGGGAUAAGCCAAACCGUAAUUUCGGAAUCGCCAUCGACGUCCAGGAUCAAGAUGACAAUACUUUGUCAGCUUCUCGGUUCUUCCAACCGACCGACUGCUCCGAGGCAAGUAAAUCAAACGCAACAGCAGCCGUACUUCCAUGGAACUUUUUCCGAAACUCACUCGCAUGGUCCUCUGAUGAAAUGGACGAUGUGCCACACGUCCCCCGCAUAGACGUCGCCAUGCACAAAACCUACACACAGCACCACUACUUCACCAGCAGCCACCACCCGCACCAUCGUCUAUUCCGCCCGAAACACCACUACGGUGGAGCCAGCUACAAUGUCCGCUACCGGUUGGAUGGUGCACCUACCGGUUCCUCCUCUUCGUCUACCGCAUCCGGCAACUCGUACGAAACGGAAGAAGUCGAAAUCAAGCAGCACCCGUCGGUCCACUCACAACACUCGUUGACCAAGCCGCACAAGAAACGCCACCUGAAUCAUCAUCGUCACGCACUCGUCAAUUCGGCGGAAAGUGAGGAGGAUUACUCUCUGUCGGCAUCCCUGGAGGAACGAAAGCUCUGAAUCGGCGGGCGGUUGUAAGCAGUGAUCACCACCACCCACCAUCGAGGUGCGCCGGUUAGUAGUAGUAGUAGUAGUAGCAGUAGUAGUAGUGCGAGGGAGUUGGGUAAACGGUUAUUGUUCGAUUUUUUUUAUAUUUCGCUUGUUGAGAGCGACACGUUGAGGUCAUGGCUGUUACUGAGGGUGAUCAUCGAAGCCGGUAUGAUUCAGAGCUAUCAGAACGUUCAUCGGAUGGAAAUAUUCCAAUCAACUCACACGAGAAUAUCGUCUAGUAAAUUCGGUAUGCCAUAAACUAGAGCUGAGUUGAUCGUUGAAAUGAAAAUGCCAAACAUAUGGCACAAAUUUUGAGCGGCCUAACUGAUUACGACUUCGACAGUCAUUCACAACAGCAGCCAAAAAAAGGGCAGAAAUGAUCAAACCGAUAAAUUGAAAAAAGAAUAUUUCUGAAAUGGCAGGUGUAUACAAAGUAAAUAAUUUCGAGUUCCUUCAUCAGUUAUGUAUUUCUUCCCGGUAUUUUUUUUUAUUUUUAACAAUAUUGAUAGCUUAGAUAUUCUCUAAUCCCAGUAAAGGUUGCCAACACAAAACACUAAACGAAGCAUUUCGUAUUACUUGUAGAUUACUUUACGCGGCACGAUAAAAAGAAUGACUGAGUACAGUUUGAGUGGAGAGCAUACAGUUACAAACAGAUCGAUAAAUAGGUUUAGAGUUCCUGAGAAUCCUACGCAAUUUUUAUCCUAAUCAGAACCGGAUUACACAUAAAAUUUUUCCACUGAGCAAAUUGUGGUUAGGUAUAGGUUAUCUGAAAGGGAAAAGAUUGAUCAUAUAAUGUACUUAAAGUGCGAUAAACUGGUAUAGAGUUGGUCUAUGUUACGGCUAAACUCCCAUCUGGUAACUGACUUGAUAGCAUCUCCCUGUAAGCUGUAGUAAAAACACAGGUCAAUUUGAAGGUUUGUCCAAGUUUGAAGGAAAAACGAAAACACAAAACGCUUAGAUUUUUCCUCGAUGUGAGGAUUCGCUAGGAUUAGGUUGCUUAUAAUGACAUCGUGAAGUUGCAGAUUACUGUUAAGCCGUGUCAUGUCUAGGAUUAGAAAGUUUAUUUAUUUGUCCUGAACAUAUAGUUGGUUAAGUUGCAGUAAGGGAACAGUACGCGCAAGUAUAAGCUUUAAUUAUUUAGUUAUAGGACACUUUAAAGAACGCACUUUUUUGUAUAUAAAGGAAAAUAGCGCACACACAAAUAUUUCUAGUUGUAAAUUAUUUAUUAACUAUUGUGAAAAUAUAAACUUUUCAUGAUUAUUACUUUCGCAUGGCAAAUGUCAGUGCAAAGACCCGACAAUGGUUUGUACAUAUCCAAUUUAUAAGUUUGAUCUGAGUGCUGAACUCUUCGCUCUAUACUAGGAGCGUUAUUCUUGUAGUGUAAAACAUUGUGGCAGUAAGAUGUGAAUUAUUCUCCAAUAUACUCGUAAGCUUUGUGUGUAGAUUCUAUGUAAGAUCGUAAUAAAAUAUUAACUGAGUACUGAA